GCCAUAGCAGAAAGCAUAAUAACCGUCCGAUCACGCAAUAGCUACUCUUCAAAUACGCGAAAACACCAUAUUUCGCUUCCCUCAUCAUCUCACUGUCAGAUAUUUUGUCGAAUCACCAUCACCGUCGUCGUCAUGGAGUCACGCGUGCUCUCACGCGCCGCCGCAACCGUCGCCGGGUCUCCGUUCCUCAGACGGAUCCAUCGCCCUCACAACCACCACGUCCCCACCACAGUGACUUUCCCGGCGGCGGUCUGUGACGGCGGCAACGUGAUCUCCGGCCGACAGCUCCGCCCGAUCCUGCUUCUGGAGAGCUCCUCCGCGGCAGCGGUCUCAGACGGUGGGAGGAGAGAGAUUCUCCGGCCGCCGCGAGCUGCCGCUUCGUCGUCCGCCGGGAGUGGGAAUUCCGCCGGGGAAGCGAAGGUGGGGUUCUUCGACAAGUACCCGGCGCUCGUCACCGGCUUCUUCUUCUUCAUGUGGUACUUCUUGAACGUGAUAUUCAACAUCCUCAACAAGAAGAUUUACAAUUAUUUCCCUUACCCCUAUUUCGUAUCGCUUAUUCACUUGUUCGUUGGAGUCGUCUAUUGCUUAGUGAGCUGGGCUGUGGGCCUUCCUAAACGGGCCCCGAUAGACGCGAACCUACUGAAGGUGUUGAUACCAGUGGCGGUCUGUCACGCCAUUGGCCAUGUGACCAGUAACGUCUCCUUCGCUGCCGUUGCUGUUUCCUUCACUCACACCAUCAAAGCUCUCGAGCCGUUCUUCAAUGCUUCUGCUUCGCAGUUCAUACUCGGACAGCCUAUCCCUAUCACAUUGUGGCUCUCUCUUGCUCCUGUCGUCCUCGGAGUUUCCAUGGCUUCCUUGACCGAGCUCUCAUUCAACUGGACUGGUUUCAUCAGUGCCAUGAUUUCCAACAUCUCUUUCACAUACAGAAGCAUCUAUUCCAAGAAAGCCAUGACUGAUAUGGACAGCACGAACGUGUACGCUUACAUCUCCAUCAUCGCGCUCUUUGUCUGCAUUCCUCCCGCCGUCAUCGUUGAAGGGCCUCAAUUGCUGAAACACGGAUUCAGCGAAGCAAUUGCCAAAGUGGGUAUGACCAAAUUCAUAUCUGAUCUCUUCUGGGUCGGAAUGUUUUACCACCUCUACAACCAGCUGGCUACCAACACCUUGGAGAGGGUUGCACCGCUGACUCAUGCGGUUGGGAACGUUCUGAAACGUGUUUUCGUGAUCGGUUUCUCAAUCAUAGUCUUCGGAAACAAGAUUUCUACUCAAACUGGAAUAGGGACAUGCAUAGCCAUAGCUGGAGUUGCCAUGUACUCUUUGAUUAAGGCCAGGUUGGAAGAAGAGAAACGGAAAGGAAAGGCUGCAUAGAGAGCCAAAGCGAGAGGAGGAGGAGGAGGAGGAGGAGGAGCCAUGAUCUUUUGUUUGGGUAUAAAUAAUAACGAAAUGCAAUGUUGGAAAUUGUAUUACCAUUGUUUCUUUUUAAUCUUAUUUUUGCUUUUUGUUUUUUUUUUAAAGAACCGUUCAAUUGCGUUGGCUAUCUCUAAUCUGCCGAAAUCAUAAUAAUGUAUCUAUUUGCCAUUCUCUUUAAACAAGCCCUUUCACUUCUUCUA